CGGACGACUCUGCACAGAUGGUGCUCUCCAUGGACCGCAGCCCGUACUCCCGCGCGGGGGACGGGGCGCGUGGCUGCUGGUACUACCUGCGCUAUUUCUUCCUCUUCGUGUCGCUUAUCCAGUUCCUCAUCAUCCUGGGCUUGGUCCUCUUCAUGAUCUAUGGCAACGUGCACGCCACCACCGAGUCCAGCUUGCGGGCCACCGAGAUCCGGGCCGACAGCCUGUACAGCCAGGUGGUGGGUCUGUCGGCCAAGCAGGCUAACCUGAGCAAACAGCUAAACAUCAGCGUGCUCGCCAAGGACUCCUUCAUGCAGCAGCUGCUGAACGCAAGGCGCGAGCUGGAGCGCAUCAACGCCAGCUUCCGCCAGUGCCACGGCGACUUGCUCACCUACAAAAGCUAUAAUCAGUUCAUUGCCGCCAUCAUCCUGAGCGAGAAGCAGUGCCAGGAGCAGCUGAAAGCGAGCAACAAAACCUGCGAAGCCUUGCUCUUCAAGUUGGGUGAGAAGGCUAAGACACUGGAAAUGGAGGUGGCCAAGGAGAAGGCAGUGUGCGCCAAGGACAAGGAGAGCCUGCUGGAGGGAAAGCGGCUGGCGCAGGAGCAGCUGGAGGCCUGUGGCAAAGCGCGGGAGUGGCAGCAGAAGGAGAAGCAGGUGGCCGAGGAGCAGCUGCGCAAGGUCCAGAACCUGUGCCUCUCCCUGGACCACGAGAAGUUCCAUGCGGACGCGCUGAACGUGUGGCGGGACUCGCUGAUGCAGCGCUCCCUGGAAGGCCUGGGCUACCACUACUCCCCGUUGGUCCCGGAUUUCGGGGCCCUUCGCCGCUCGUGCGAGCUCCUGCCCGGCGUGGUGAGCUCCAAAGUGGAAGAGUUGGCUCGCGGGCUGCGCGCGGGCAUCGAGCGCGUGGCCCGCGAGAACGCGGAGCUCCAGCGGCAGAAGAUGGAGCUGGAGCGCACGGUGCAGGGCGCAAAGGAGGUGCAGGCGCGCGCCGGGGCCGAGGCGCAGGCCCGGGAGAGCCAGCUGCGGGCGGAGUGCGCGCGGCAGGCGCAGCAGUCGCUGGAGGAGAAGGCGACGCUGCGCGCCCAGCUGGACGGCCUGGCGCGCGAGCUGGAGGCGCGCAAGCGCGAGCUGGAGCAGCUGCGCACCGAGGUGGAGGUUCGCAUCAACGCGCUGGACACCUGCCUCAAGGCUAAGUCCCAGCCAGUCGUCCUGCCGAGACUCACAGGCCCAGCUGCCCCCAACCCUCCACCCAUUGAUCCCGCUAGCCUGGAAGAUUUCAAGAAAAGAAUUUUGGAGGCGCAGCGGCCCCCUGUACUCAACCCCGCGGCCCCUCCCAGAUGCUUUAAGGAGCGCACGGCUGUGAGGUGGCAUCACAUCGACUCCUUCUGCAGUGACUGGAAUGGCACCCUACCGGUCUAUGAAGCACCUACAGCCCAGCUGUCACCCUAG